AUGGCUCCAGUUCUUAAAGUGCCUUCUGGCGACUACGACACCCACUUCAACAAAGCAACUGAUCAAAUUACUAGGGACGGGCUCCUCACAGUGAAUGAAAAGAACACAAAAAACGCCUUGUACCCUGACUUUUUGCCCACUUGGAACCCGAACGAGAAGUACCCUCCACUUGAGUUUUUCAAACAUGAGGAUCCAGGCAAAAAGGCUAACCCAAAGCUUCCAAACCUCUUGCCAAAGGACGGACUGCAAGUAGUCAAGCGUAUUACCCCAAAAUUCGGAACCGAAAUUGUUGGCGUGCAAUUGUCUCAAUUGGAUAACCAGGGAAAAGACGAGUUGGCGCUUUUGGUCGCACAAAGAGGUGUGGUUGUAUUUAGAGAGCAGGACUUUGCUAAAUAUGGCCCUCAAUUUGCUGUCGACUAUGGCCGCCAUUUCGGUAGACUUCAUAUUCAUCCAACCUCUGGUGCUCCUCGCAAUCACCCUGAGCUUCAUAUCUGCUACCGUAGAGCAGACCCAAAUGAGUUUGAGAGAAUUUUCUCGACCAAAACGUCGGCUAUCCAAUGGCAUUCGGACGUUUCUUACGAACUUCAACCUCCCGGUGUUACCUUUUUCUCUGUUUUAGAGGGCCCUGACGCUGGCGGAGAUACUAUUUUCGCUGACACUGAAGAAGCCUACAACAGAUUGUCGCCCGAGUUCCAAAAACGGUUGCUGAAUUUGCAUGUCCUCCACUCUUCUGGAGAACAAGCACUGAACUCCCGGUCUCUCGGUGGUGUUGAGAGAAGAGCGCCUGUAUCGCACAUUCACCCCUUGAUUAGAACUCACCCUGUCACCGGCAAGAAAAACAUCUUCUUGAACAGACCAUUUUCAAGAAAGAUUAUCGAGUUGAAGGAAGACGAAUCGGAUUAUUUGUUGAAUUUCUUGUACACCCACAUCGAGCUGGCUCAGGACUUGCAAUUGAGAGCAAAAUGGGAACCAGGAUCGGUUGUUGUAUGGGACAACAGAAGACUUGUGCAUUCUGCUGUCAUUGAUUGGGAUGAGCCAGUUUCAAGACACGCCUUCAGAAUCACUCCGCAGGCAGAAAGACCAGUGGAGAAUUUGGCCGACUUGAAUAUUCCAGACGAAGAAUUGAGCCAGCAAUUUCAAAAGUUAUCGACUUGA